AUGCAUUGCCAGACGACAGGUUCAUGGGGAUAUUACAUGCCGACCACCAGGACUAGUACUGUUGUUGUCGGGGACCCAUUGGAGAGGAUAGAGAGGUUGGCUUCGGAGAAAGCGGUGGUUAUCUUCAGUGUUAGCAGCUGCUGCAUGUGCCACGCCAUUAAGAGGCUGUUUUGUGGCAUGGGAGUUAACCCAACCGUGAUUGAACUUGAUGAAGAGCCGAGAGGGAGAGAUAUGGUGAAGGCUUUGAUAAGGCUGCUGGGUACCUCUCCUGUUGUUCCUGUUGUUUUCAUUGGUGGGAAGCUUGUGGGUGCAAUGGACACGGUCAUGGCUUCUCAUAUCAAUGGCACUCUUGUCCCUUUACUCAACCAAGCUGUAGCUCUCUGGCUCUGAUUUUCUUUAGCUUCCACCAUUACGGUUUAGAAAGAAGGUAUAGAAAAAGUAUGGCAGAGGAAGAGGAGUAGAGUC